CCGGCCGCGCGCGCUGGCGGCUGCCGCCUCUGCCCGGGGCAGUGGUUAACGGGGCGCGCGCCCGGCCGCUGCGCGCGGGGAGGAGGAGGAGGAGGAGGAGAGGAAGAGCGGGGCGGCCACGUCCCCGAACCGAUCCGCCCUGAGCGAUGAUGUCCGCUGCGGCCGACCUGGAGUCCUCGCUGGAGCUGAGCCUGACGAGCAGCGGAACGCUCCCCGGCGGGCUGCCCCCCGCCCGCUCUCGUAUCUUCAAGAUCAUCGUCAUCGGGGACUCCAACGUGGGGAAGACGUGCCUCACCUACCGCUUCUGCGCCGGCCGCUUUCCCCAGCGCACUGAGGCCACCAUCGGCGUGGACUUCCGCGAGCGCGCCGUCACCAUCGACGGCGAGCGCAUCAAGAUCCAGCUGUGGGAUACGGCGGGCCAGGAGCGCUUCCGGAAGAGCAUGGUGCAGCACUACUACAGGAACGUACACGCGGUCGUGUUCGUGUAUGAUAUGACAAACAUUGCCAGUUUUCACAGUCUGCCCUCAUGGAUAGAGGAGUGCAAACAGCACCUUCUUGCCAACGAUAUACCGCGGAUUCUUGUUGGAAAUAAAUGUGACCUGAGGAGCGCUAUUCAGGUGCCUACGGACUUGGCCCAGAAGUUUGCUGAUACUCACAGUAUGCCGUUAUUUGAAACCUCUGCCAAAAACCCCAAUGACAAUGACCAUGUGGAGGCCAUAUUUAUGACGCUGGCUCACAAGCUUAAAAGUCACAAGCCUUUAAUGCUUAGUCAACCCCCAGAUCACAGUGAAAUACAUAUAAAGCCUGAACCGAAACCUGCCAUGACCUGCUGGUGUUAAGUCAUGUGAUUAUCAGCUGUCACACGUUGUCUUGUUUGCAAACGCUUCAGAAUUAUGAUCUUGGCAAAGUUUCGGGUUUUGGUAGUAACGGAAGCGAAUCGCUUUGGCACUUUAAUGUGGGUUAUAUUUUUAUUGGUUUUCUGGUGUAGAUGUGCCCAUCUCAUGUUCUUGCACUUUGUAAUUGUACUUUCUGAAUGACUAAAGUUUCACUAUAAAUACACGGGAAAGUAAACCUUACAAGUAAAGUUUUGAGAAAGCAAUUCUACUUGAGCUCUUGCUGCCUGAGAUUGUUCUCAUCACUUGUGAUAGGGUUAUAAAUAGUAAGGUAAUUCACUAACAUUUUUGGUUGCUACUUGCAUCAGAGUAAUGUAGGAGAAAAGUGUUUUUUGUGACAGCCAGUUAGCUUGCUUUUUGGGCCAGUGAGUGAGGAGAUUUUUGGCAUAUGAAGGAACAUUUGGUGACUGCUAGCAAAUUGCUGAGCAAGUACCUUUUUAUUUUCAAAACAAACCCCAGGAUUGUCAGAUAAAGUUUGAGCUGACAGUGUAGGUGCAAACUGCUAGCUUUUGGACUGUCAUUCCACUGUAAACUUUGAUUCUUCAUGGCAAUGGUAAGAGAAUUGACAAACUUGUCCCUACCUCUAGACAAUUAUUUGAUACUUAAAACUUAGCUAACUUUUUGUCGCUAGUAUGGAAAACUAAACUCUGCAUUCCUCCUCACAGAAAGUACUGUAGCACGGGAUCUGAGGUAGAUCUGGGGCUGUAACUGUCUAUAACUUCUCUGACCUUACUAAAACUUCAAUGAGGGCUUUUUUCUGAAGAUGUGGUAUCUGAGUUGAGGGUCCCAGGGUAAGUAAAAACACUUCAGUGAAUGUAAGAUUGAGUGAAGGUGGCAAAGGCAUGCUGAUUUUCAAAGACAGAGGUUUCAGAGGAUUAUAGUGGCAAGGAAUGUCUUUCAAAUAUCUUGAAAAAAAACUUUUUAUAACCAACUUAGUGACAUAUUUUAGGGAUGGAAAUGCUUAGGACAAAACAUUAGGAAUAUGAGACUUCCUUAAAACACUUUUGAAUACAAAACAAAAUAGGCCAUGGAAUGUGGAGACAAAUAUGCCAAGUAUGUCCUCUAUUACAAAUUUGUGAACUAAAACCUCUUUGUGGAGUGUCAUGGCUGUGUGGGGCAUCCUUGGCAUUACUACUUAGUCAGUAACUUGGGUCAGGUGAAGGACAUAAUGACUUGUCACACACUUCUAUGUUCUCAUAAUUGCAACUUUUAUUUUAGUUCUCUCUGAAGGUCAAGCUUCGUACUGAAAAUGGUGCUGUUGCAGGUAUUUACAUAAAGGGAAACGUUCUUACAAACUCUAGAAGUGCCCUAGUAUUCAUGCACAUGGUUGCUGCACAUUAGGGUUUUUUUGGGGUUUUUUUUGUCUCAUGUCUUCAUCAUGAUGCUAUAGCUAAGAAGCAUCAAAAUACGUGGGGUUUUUAUGUGUACUGUAAUCUCCCCAAAGCAAAACUUCGCUGAGCCAAUAAAGUGUCUGCGUUACUCAAGAAA